AUGGCCACCACCAUCAGGAGCGGAGUCACCACCUGCACUGGCUGGGCGGCCACCCGACCUUGCCGGCGGCUACCACUGGAUCGGACAAGAAGGUUACCCCAACUCCAACGGCCUUCCUUGUCGACCACAUUCUUGCCUCAAAUAAGAUGCCCGGGCCUGUGGCGAUCGAGAGUCCGUUCCACCUCAGACACGAGUGGGGCUCCUCCGGUGACUGCCCCGGAACCAGUUGGUGCCGGCGAGGUGCUGCUAGAGGCGGCGGGGAGCUUCCGCAUCUACAAGAGCGGGAAGAUAGACCGCCUCAACGAUCCCACCAUCCUGCCCGCCGGCGUCGACGAGGCCACCGGCGUCACCUCCAAGGACGUCGUCCUCGACGCGGACACGGGCCUCUCCGUGCGCCUCUACCUUCCCAACAAGCUCCAGGACGCCUCCGCGAAGCUCCCGGUCGUCGUCUACUUCCACGGCGGCGCCUUCCUCAUCGGGUCGGCCCGCGACCCCACGUACCACAAGUACCUCAACGCCCUCGCCGCGGCGGCCGGCGUCCUCGCGGUGUCCGUCGACUACCGCCUGGCCCCGGAGCACCGGCUCCCCGCCGCCUACGACGACUCCUGGGCCGCGCUCCUGUGGGCGGCCUCGGCGCAGGACAAAUGGAUCGCCGACCACGGCGACGCCUCCCGCCUGUUCGUCGCGGGCGACAGCGCCGGCGCCAACAUCGCGCACGAGAUGCUCGUGAGGGACGGCGGCCCAAGAAUCGAGGGCGCGAUACUGCUGCACCCGUGGUUCAGCGGGAACGCGGCGAUCGAGGGGGAGCCCCCGGCCGCGGCCAAGGUCACGGGGCUCCUCUGGUCCUACGCGUGCCGGGGGUCGGCGGUGGGCGGCGCGGACGACCCGAGGAUGAACCCGCUGGCAUCGCCGGCGCUGGAGAGGCUCGGGUGCGCGAGGAUGCUGGUGACCACGGGGCUCGAGGACGGGCUCGCGGCGCGGAACCGCGCGUACUACGAGGCCGUGGCCGCGAGCGGGUGGCGCGGGAGGGCGGCGUGGCUGGAGCUGGAGGGGGAGGGCCACGUGUUCUUCCUUGGGAAGCUCGAGUGCGACAACGCCAAGCGUCGUCGCGUUCAUAGCCGACGCAUGAGCUGCAUGUACUGCCCACCAACGCGUUGCCCACUCGCUGCUGAUCCAAAACCCCUGCCGUUCAUCCAACAAUGGUGUACGAGUUAG